UUCUCUAUAUCAUCGAAUUCAAUGAAAGUUUCGUCCAAAUCAUUCAAGGAUAUUUAUCUGCAGUCUGCUGCUUUCGCCAAUUCGAAAGCGGAUUUUGAAUGUAGAAUGAUCACGCACGCGUAUGUUCGAUGACGUGAGAAUUCGAUCGUUUGAAGAGAACAAAUUGUCGACGGUCAGUGCUCUCGAAACUAAUAAACAAAAUAAAUUUAAUUUUCAAGACUGACUCUAAUUAAUAUAUAAUUUGUAUUUUAAAAAAAAAAAAAAAAAAAGUGUUAACGACAAAUAUAAACGAGCUUUAUCUAUGACAAAGAUUAACAAUUUUAUAAAGUUUUAAUUAUACAUAAAUUUUUAAUUAUAUAUUUUAUGAAGAAAUUCUUGACAUGCGAAUUUUAAAAUUCGUUUAAAAUAAUAUUUCUUUAGAAGAAGAAAGACUUGAUUUUUUUAAAAAUACGAUAAAAAAGGAGGAAAAAUGGGAAAUUGCUUCAGUAAUCAAACAGAUGCAGAAAAGGAGAAGCCUGAUAGGAUAGGUAAUCCUAGUAUUGAAAUGGCUGUGGCUUCACAAGCAAGUCCUGGGGGUGGUGUUCCUACACCUCCACCGGAUCCAAUUAGGCCAAUGCCACAAAUACCACAUACUGAUGUUCCAUCGGCGAAAAUAUUUGUUGCUCUUUAUGAUUAUGAUGCACGCACUGAUGAGGAUCUUAGUUUUCGUAAAGGUGAACAUUUGGAAAUUUUAAAUGACACACAGGGUGAUUGGUGGCUUGCAAGAAGUAAGAGAACACGACAAGAGGGUUACAUUCCCAGUAAUUAUGUUGCAAAACUGAAAUCAAUCGAAGCCGAGCCAUGGUACUUCAGAAAAAUUAAAAGAAUCGAAGCUGAGAAGAAACUUCUUUUGCCUGAGAAUGCUCAUGGAGCUUUUCUAAUUCGAGAUUCUGAAAGUCGACACAAUGACUAUUCACUUUCAGUGAGAGACGGAGACACUGUGAAACAUUAUCGUAUAAGGCAACUGGACGAGGGUGGCUUCUUCAUUGCAAGGCGAACAACAUUCAGGAAUCUUCAGGAUCUUGUCGAACAUUACAGUAAAGAUGCUGAUGGACUUUGUGUUAAUUUAUGCAAACCAUGUGUACAGGUUGAGAAACCCGUAACCGAGGGACUUAGUCAUCGAACUAGGGAUCAAUGGGAAAUUGAUAAGACAACAUUGAAAUUUGUUCGCAAAUUGGGUCAAGGUCAAUUUGGAGAAGUAUGGGAGGGUCUUUGGAAUAAUACAACUUCAGUGGCAAUUAAAACACUAAAACCAGGAACAAUGGAUCCAAAAGAUUUCUUAGCUGAAGCGCAAAUAAUGAAAAAACUCAGGCACGAUAAGUUAAUUCAACUUUAUGCCGUUUGCACGAUGGAAGAGCCAAUUUACAUAAUCACUGAACUUAUGAGAAAUGGAAGUCUUCUCGAAUAUUUGCAAGGAAAAGGAAGAGGUUUAAAUCUUCAACAAUUGAUUGAUAUGUCGGCUCAAAUCGCAGCUGGAAUGGCGUAUUUAGAGUCGCAAAAUUAUAUUCAUCGUGAUUUGGCCGCUCGUAAUGUUCUCGUAGCUGAUGGUAAUGUUGUUAAAAUAGCAGAUUUUGGUCUCGCUAGGCUGAUAAAGGAAGAUGAAUACGAGGCAAGAAUAGGAGCAAGAUUUCCAAUUAAAUGGACUGCACCUGAAGCUGCAAAUUACAGCAAAUUUAGUAUUAAAUCAGAUGUAUGGUCAUUUGGAAUUCUUCUCACAGAGCUGGUCACUUACGGAAGAAUUCCUUAUCCUGGUAUGACAAACGCUGAAGUUUUGCAUCAAGUUGAGCACGGUUAUAGAAUGCCGUGCCCACCAAAUUGUCCCGCGGCAUUGUAUGAUAUUAUGUUGGAAUGUUGGAAUAAAGAUCCAAUGAAGAGGCCAACAUUUGAGACACUCCAGUGGAAAUUGGAAGAUUUUUUCACUAUGGAAGGCUCGGAAUAUAAAGAAGCAUCGGCUUACUGAGUAAUGUUGCCUGGUGAAAUUAAAAUGUUCACAAGUUUACCUGUUUACAAUUCGUACAGACGGUCUACGAAAUCAAGUUGGAGAAAAUCUUUUGCACGUCCGGCAAGGGAUUAUCAGGUCUAUAGAAAUUUAACAGAAAAAAAAACUCGACAUUUUUAUUAAAAAAUAACAAGAUGAAGUUUGUGAUAUCCAAGAAGUACUGUUUUCAGUUUGUAAAGAAGAUAAUCUGAGAGAUGUAGUACAACAGUACUGUUUAUUUUUUUAUCGUCGUAACAAUUUUUAAUUUUUUUUUUUUUUUUAUUUUCGUUUUUUCACAAUUAUGGCUGCCAUACAUAAGAUUCUAGAAGUGUCUAGGAUAAUUUUUUUUUUUUUUUUAACGCCUUAGGUGUCUAUUGAUUUUAGCGAAACGGUUGGUUUUAAAAAUUGAAUUUUUCAUUAAGGGACAAAUACAAAUACGUUAUGAAGAGAAAAAGGUGACGAAAAUUCCAAGUAGAUGAUUCGCGAAGGAAAAUUAAUUUUUACUGACGUGAAUUUGAAAAAAAAAUUCCUACAAAACGAUAAGAACAGUCGUUAUAAGUUAGUGGCGAGGGGGUUUAUAGUAAAUAAAAAAAUUCCAUUACUAUAACUCUUGAAAGUUUGUAAGCAAUUUUUUGCUUACAGAAGCGUCGGCAUCAAUUAUCAUCAACGAUAUAUUUAGUCUUUAUUGCUUUUUGUUACUAAUAAUCUUAAAACUGGAAUUUUUUUUUUUAUAUUUAAAACUAAAGUAUUUAAUUACACGUUAAAAAGACACAAUUUGGAAAUAAUUUAAUUAUUUUCGAUACAUUUUGUAUAAAAUAUUUUCCCCGGUUUAAAAAAAAAAAAAAUAUCGAGAUGAUGACAAAGACAAAAUUUUUUUUUUUAAUUUAAAUGGAACCAAAUCGCAGUGUACAGUAGCGAAUUAUUCUAAAGUAAGCGCACAUAGAUUUAGUCACUUUUUUUCUUUUUUUUUUCAAUGACAAAUACGUAUCAUCAGAGUAUGAUAAGUUGUUAAUUUUGACCAAUCUUAUUAUUAAUCUUUUACAAAAAAAAAUUCGGUCUAGUGCAUAUUACUAACGUUUAAUUAUUAGUAUAACCGAUUAACAGUAACGAAAUUUAUUCAAAAAAAAAAAAAAUCGUUCUGUUGUCACUACUCACCACUAGUUAUUUUAUGCAAAUCACUCUAAUUUUUUGCUUUCGUUUCAAAUUCAUUGAAAAAAAAAAUCAUAUUUCUUAACAAUUUAUAACUUACAAGUUUUUUAAGCUUUUAUCUCCCUUUUUUUUCUUUUUUCGAAAAAAAUGGGAAUUUUUUUAAUACAUUUUCUGAUAAUUUUUUUUUCAAAACUCCUAUUUUUCGAUUAUAUUAUGGUAAUUACAAUUUUAAUUAGUUUUAGUAAUUAUGAAUUGUACAAUUAUUUUAUAUUUUAUACAUAUCGAGUAAUUUUAGAAAAUAAUAUACUUAUUUUCGUUUCUUCCAUUUACAAUUCUUUUUUUUUUAUACCUGUGCUUUAUAAAUAAAUGUGUAUUUACAUGCGCACACGUAAACUACAUUAAGUAGUUAAAAUAUAAACGAUCAAGAAAAAUGUUUUUUUAAGUCAAUUUAAAAAAAAAAAUUGUAUCAUUUAUGCCGUUAACUGAUCUUAACCGAUAAUUGAUUUUGUUAUGUCAAUACCGUCGUCGACUUUUAUUACUGUAUUAAUAAUAAACAAAAAUAUGGUUUAUUAGAA